CGUCCCCUCUACACCUAUCUCAUACCUGAUUACAUACCUGAACGUCCUCAAUUCAAUGCGAACGCUGUAGACGGCCACUAAUCCUGAAGAGCGCCUGGUAGAGGAGCGAACUGCAGCAGAAAAGAAGAAGGGAGAAAAACAGGAGAAAACAAGAAAAGAAAAAGACAGAAAAAAGAGCCCAGCAUGCCAGAAGGCAAAGUGACCUGGGCCUCCCUCCCGCGAAAAGAUCAGCUGGUCAUCCUCUUCCUCGUCCGCUUCUGCGAGCCAAUUGUCAAAGUAUCCAUCUCAUCAUAUGUCUACUUUCAGCUGCAAUCCUUAGACCCGUCGCUCCCCAGCGCUGCCAUUGUCCAGCAGACGACGCUGCUGCAGGCCGCCUACACCAUCGCGCAAUGUGUGGCGAGCGUCUUCCUCGGAAGCCUCGCGGACUCGCCUAAGGGCGGGAGAAAGGUUGUUGUCGUCCUGAGUUUGCUGGGGUCUUUCAUCGCCUGCUCAUUAUUCGGCUUCGUCGCCAACUUCAAACAGGCCCUCGUGCUGCGUUUCGUCGAGGGUCUAACCAAUGGUACCGUCGCUAUGGUGCGAACCAUGACGGCCGAGGUUGUGCAAGAAAAAAGAUACCAAGCAAGAGCCUUCGUCCUCCUCAACAUCAGCACCAGCCUCGCCAUCAUUCUCAGUGCCCUCGUCGCGGCCGGCACCGUCGAGCUGAUGCCGAAGGCUCAUGGCGGUGGGUUGCUGAGCCGAUAUCCGUAUGCCUUGCCCGCCCUUUUGAAUGCUGGCUUUCUACUGGUGGUGUUGGUGACGGCUGUUUUGUUCCUCGAAGAGACUUCCAAGCUUGUUUGUCACAGGUAUGAUCCUGGAAUUGCCUUGUCACGCUAUAUUCUCUCUCGGCUCCGACUGCUGCGCAAUCAUGGCAACAAAGAGGAGGGCGCAGCAGGGUACGCCCUCGUCGACGGAAACGAGGAGGAGAUGGCCUUCCUCGACAGAGCGGAACCGCCGCCGUCGCCGUCAAAGCCGCCGUCCGAGACCAAACCCGUCGCCAGGCUCCCCAGCAGCCGCAUUCUCACCAAGAACAUGGUGCUCGUCCUCCUCGCGGCCGUCAUCUUUGAAUUGCACCUCGGGACCGCGAGCGUCGCCUUUCCGAAUCUCCUUGUGACGCCUGUCUCCAGUAGGGAGGAGGAGGCGCUGCGAGAGCUGCCCUUCUUCUUUGGCGGAGGCGCUGGGUUCACGCCGGUGCCUUUGGCCGUGUACUCGGUCAUGUACGGCAUCUUAUCCGUACCACUCCAACUCAUCCUAUACCCACGCUUAGCCCAACGGCUCGGAGCCCUGCGCGUCUGGCGCACCUUCUACCUCGCCUCUCCCCUCUUGUACUACGCAUUACCCUUUGUGGUCCUUGUCCCCUCCAGCACGCCUCCGCCGUCUGGAAAGACUGGUGUUGCCAUCUGGGCCGCCAUCACGCCCAUGCAGGUGGUCACGGCGCUACUGACUAGCACCGUGACUCCGUCUCUGACAGUCCUGAUCAACUCGGCGUGCCCGCACCCGUCUGCGCUCGGCAGGACCCACAGCAUCGCUUUCUUUUCCUCAAUGGUGACGCGCGCGGGGAGCACAGCGCUGGCGGGUGCGUUGCUGGGGUACGGAACGUCGCAUAAUCUGACCGGAUUGGUGUUCUGGGGAUCUGCGGCCGUUGCCAUGGUAGGUGCUUGUCUGAAUCCAUUCUUGACCGAGGGAACAGGUCACGAGAUCCGUUUAACGGGGGAUAAGUAAUUCGCCAUCCAUCGUCGGUGACUCGAUGGUGAGCAGCAAGGAUAGGGGGGUGUGGGUAUAGGUGUCUAACUGUGGGUGACGAGUCGCGCGAGAAGUAGGUAGAGAGGAAUAACACGUGCGAUGUACCACCCCGGCUAUUUCUGUUUCGAAAUCUGCAAGAGAAGAAAAAAGCAAAUAAGAACAUAAGGAGAAAAACAGGGCUGUAGGGGAGGAGGAGACGGGAAAGGAAGAAAAAUGUAUUUAACAGUGAAUCGACGCACUGUAUGAUGGCGCUGUAGUACGUAGGGUAAAUCACAGCG